AUGCUACUGUUAAAACGCAUCUUCGCAGCAUAUCUCGGCUCCCAAGUCGCAGGAACCUAUGCUCUAAUAAAUAGUCUACAUGCUGACAGAGCGUCUAGUACCUCUAUAUUGACCUCACAUGUGGAAAAGGAUUCUGAUAGUAUUAUUGCUUCGCAAUCAUUUGAAAAUGCCGAUGACUGGAUCAUCAGAGAUUUGGAUAAUCCACAAAUCGGAGCACUCGAAAACUGCGUCAUAGGACCAAAAAAUGUCAUUGUUUAUGAUACCACGUUGAGGGAUGGAACCCAAGGUGAAUCUAUAUCUGCUUCUUGUGACGACAAAUUGAAGAUUGCACGAAAGCUUGCUUCCUUCGAUAUCGACUACAUUGAGGCCGGCUGGCCUGGAAGCAAUCCCAAAGAUGCAGAGUUUUUUCGACGAGCAAAAAUAGAAUUAGACGAUUCAGUGCGCUCGAAACUGGUGGCAUUUGGAUCUACCAGGCGAAAAUCUGUCGAGGUGGAGAAAGAUCCACAGAUCCAAGCCCUUUUGGACUCUGGGGUACCAACGAUAUGCAUGGUUGCCAAAGCACAUCCGUGGCAAGUGACCGAGAUAUUGAGAGCAUCUCCAGAGGAAAAUUUGAAAAUGAUUCAUGACUCAGUAUCAUACUUGGUCAGUCUAGGGAAAGUUGUCUUGGUUGAUCUAGAGCAUUUUUUCGAUGGAUACAAGGCUGAUCCACAGUACGCUCUCAAAUGCUGUGAGACAGCAGCCGAUGCCGGAGCUUCGUGCCUUGUCAUGUGUGAUACUAAUGGCGGCACCAUGCCUUGGGAAGUGGAAGCAAUAUCACGAGAGAUGGUCAAUCGCUUUGAACCUUUAAAAACUAUCGGUAUUCAUGCCCAUAACGAUUGUGGAAUGGCGGUCGCCAACAGUGUCUGUGCUUCCAAUGCGGGAGUUGGCCUAAUUCAAGGGACGAUCAAUGGAAUUGGAGAGCGCACAGGAAACGCUGAUCUGUGUUCGAUUAUUCCAUCCCUUGCUCUGCAUGUUGAGUCCGGGAUGGGUUGUAAGGAGAAUCUAAGCGACUUGACUAAGCUUUCGAGAUAUGUAGACGAAAUCUUAAACAGAACUCCGAGCAACACUUUGCCUUUCGUCGGAACUUCUGCAUUUGCUCACAAAGGUGGGUUGCAUGUUGCAGCAAUGGAGCGCAGCCCGCAAUCCUAUCAACAUAUCGAACCAGAGCUGGUGGGUAAUGAAAUGCGGGUUUUAGUUUCUGAGCUCAGUGGAAGGCAAAACAUCAUGGGGAAGAUGUCUGAGCUCUUUGGAGAUCUAGAAGAGGAAUUGAAAUCAGAACGGGCGAUAGCCAUUCUGAAUCGUGUUAAAGCAUUGGAGAACCAAGGUUACACAUUCGAGGGCGCAGAAGCUUCUGUGCACCUUAUGAUCUUGCAUGCGUCUAAGAUAUACUGUCCGCCAUUCAAAAUUCUUGAUUACAGUGCACAGGUAUAUGACCACAAUAUGGACAGUGCAAGUAGAGUUGUGGCAAGCUUUGAUGGUGAUGGCACUUCUGGAACGUCCACUUCUAGAGCUACCAUCAAAGUCCGAGCAAUUGUGGAAGAUCCUGCUGAAUCAUCUCUGAAGUUUGAAGACACGCUUUCUGUUAGUGACGGCAAUGGACCUGUUGAUGCUCUAAGUAAAGCCCUUAUGAAAGCUCUUUUACCGGUCCACCCAUCACUCAAAGGCGUUGAACUGGUCGAUUAUAAGGUUCGUAUUCUCGAUCCCACCUCAGCGACAGGUGCUGCAACUCGAGUCAUGAUUGAGUUCCGAGAAAUAGAAACAGAAAGGCAAUGGACUACUGUCAGUGUUGAUAGAAACGUGAUAUCCGCCUCAUUGAACGCAUUGGUCGACGGGUUCGAGUACGUCUUGAUUGACAAGGCAGACUAUUGCGUUGUGUGGGACGGAGAUUAG